AAAUCUGAAACCCUCUCUCUUUCUACACCAAAAACAAGGAUAGAAGAUGGCCAAAAGAAUUAAUUAGAGAGAAGGGAUAGCGAAUAGAGACAAAGAGCUAGCUUGGUGUUUCUGUAUCUCUCUAAUUCUCCUCUCUUCUCUUUCCUGUAUCUCUCUCAUUAUACCCUGGGAGAGGAGAGAGAACUCUUCUAUAAACCAGCUCUCCCCUCUCUCCCUCUCUCCUCAUCUCUCUUUCUCUCUCUGCUCUCAUUUCUCAGAGUAGAUACAAACCUAAACCCACCGAAGAAGAAAACCCUUGAAAAUUGCAAUACCAUUUCCAAGGCAGAACACAAACACCAAACCCUCAAACAAUCAAGAAAACCAAAACAGGUUGUGGUGGGUGGUUUUAGCUAUCUAUCUUUCUAUCUAUCCAUCCACCUAUCUAUAGCCGGCUAGCUUUUUUGAGACGAGAAUGAUCGUGAGCAACAGCGGAGAUGGAUCAAUGGACUUGAACGAGAUGGUUGCGGCAGCCCAGUUAGGAGGUGGGGCCCACCAGCUUCAUCAGCCCCUGCGGGGGCUGAAGAAGGGGCCGUGGACAGCGGCCGAGGAUUCAAUUCUGAUGGAGUACGUGAAGAAACACGGCGAGGGGAACUGGAACGCCGUGCAGAAGAACUCGGGGCUGGCCAGGUGCGGCAAGAGCUGCAGGCUCCGGUGGGCUAACCAUUUGAGGCCUAAUCUCAAGAAAGGCUCUCUCACUGCAGAGGAGGAGCGAAUGAUCAUCGAACUUCAUGCCAAGUACGGCAACAAAUGGGCUCGCAUGGCUUCUCAGUUACCCGGUAGGACUGACAACGAGAUAAAGAACUACUGGAACACAAGAAUGAAGAGACGCCAGAGAGCCGGAUUACCAAUUUACCCUCACGAGCUUCAACAUGAAGUCGCUGCUUCAUUUCACCACCAACAAGCUCAUCAGCAGCAGCAGAGGCAUAACUCAAACUCGUCCUCUUCUUCAUUUUCAUCGCUCCUUUCCUCCUCGCAUCCUCGAAAAGCAAAUUACAGCUCUACCCCAUCGCUCUCUCUUUAUGACCACAUCAGUUUUGAUGCCUCUCUGCCGAACCACCACAACUCUCCUUCUCUUAAUUACUCCAACUCCGCCAUGAUGACCCAGUUCAACGGUAACAGUGGCUUUACUAUCCCGCUAUCUCCGGUUUCACCGGUUUCCCCAUUUGGGUCAUCGUCUUCAGCACUGUUCAACCAGACCAAUAUUCCAAACCAAACCCUUCUGCCAACUCCAUCUCAAUACUACAACUCAGGUCAUGGAGGUUUUGGCAAUUACAGUACUCUUAGCCUUGGCUCGAUGAUCAUGGGGACUCCUACUUAUGAGCCAAUGAACUCAGAGCUCCCUUCGAACCAAACACCACCAUACUCACCAUACACCCCCACGAAACCUGCUUCUUCUGCUAACUUUAAUGGCGGUGAGGGUCUGAUGGAGGCUUCCGGCAACACCAAUGGCUAUGAGAUUGAAACGGUAACCUCUCAAGGAAAGAGAGGCAGUGGUCUGCUGGAUGAUGUGUUGGUGCAAGCUGAUGUAAUUUGUGGGAACAAGAGAUCAAGGAGUGGAGACAGCUCAUCCGGCGAGUCAGGGAAAGACAAAUAUAUAGUGGAGGAGGAGGAUGAGUCUGCUGGUCAGGAAGAGGAAGAAGACAAUGUGCAAGAGGAAUCAACUUGGAAGAGCAGCGGUGACAAUAGUGCUGAAAACCUAAGGGAAGGUAGCUCUUCUCCGUCAGUUGGGAUGAAACCAAGUGAGGAUCCACUAGAGGAUAUGGACGAUGACUUGUUAAGCCUGCUCAACUUCCAAUCUGCAGCGCCAGAAUCCGAGUCGUGGUACGGGGGAAGCAUUUCUGACCAGGCAUCACCAGGCAUGAAUGGUGCAGGUGACAAUAAUAAUGUGAGUCUAGACAUUCGGCAAAACACAUCGACAUAUGCAUCCACGGUGAACAUGAGUGCAGCAGAACCUGAUGAUGAAGUUAAGCGCAGCCUUCCUCCAUGCUUCUGGAACAACAUGCCUGGCAUCUGCUAAGAUUUGAAGCCCUCCAUAAUCAUGAGAUCCAACGUUGAUCUGCGUGGUCCAUUUCCCAUGAAAGACUAGAGAUAGUGAUCGAGUGUACCAUAUGAGUACUGAUCAAGACUAGAGGUUAGCUGGUGUGCAUACAUGGUUAAAAUGCUAGAGUACCGUUCCUAGUGAGGAUCGAUGAUCAUGUGGGUUUAUGUUUUAUUAGUUAAUUAGGUUUCCUUAGGGCUAGCUUUUCUAGCAAAAAGAGACAAGGAAGCUUAGAGUUCUUUUUCAUCUAGAAUUCAGUGUUUAAUUAUGUUGGAAGUUAAACCGAAACCCUGUAAUGUUUAAUGUCAUGCAUGCAUGUGUUGUAUAUAUCACCAAUGUAGAAUGUAGCAGUUCUAGUUUCGGCACCAGCUCCUAUCUUUUGAGUUAGAACCAUCAAUCAAUUCAGACUUUAUAGCCCCGC